UCAGAUCUGAUAAGGAAUUGGGUCCUUCAAAAGGCUGUGCAGCUGCCGAAGUCCAUUUAGUGUCGUUUUUGUGUCCGAUGAGACAGGACCUCGAGUUCAAAAGUCCUCAAGAUGGGUACCUCGGAUUUCGACGACAUUCUCGUGCGUCUAGGAAUGGGAAGAUGGAAUUUGGUGUAUAUCAUUGCUGCGGCAUACUCUUGUUUCCUGACACCUCCACAGUUUCUCAGCGGUGUCUACAUGGUUCCGCACGUCGAGUAUACGUGUCUCGUUCCAGAAAACGAGACCACAGUAGAAUUAUCAUCAGAUUCCUGUUCGUACUUGAGAAAUAGCUCGGAUACGGAAGAGCGGAUACCAUGCACUAAGUGGAGUUUCAACAACUCGCUCUUCACUUCGUCCAUAACUUCAGAGUUUGGACUGGCGUGCGACCACGACUACCAAAGAGCUAAUUACCAGGCUGCCUACAUGUUUGGUACUCUGCUAGGCCAAUACAUCGGUGGAUAUCUUGCUGAUAGGUAUGGACGUAAGAUAGUCGUCGUAGUGACGCAUGUCUUGAUGUCUAUAACAGCCAUUGGUAUGGUCUUCCUCAACAGUUUUAUAACAAUACUCAUCUUCAGAUUCAUCAAUGGUGCUGUCUACUUGCUUAUGCCUUUCAUCUUGUCAAUGGAGGUAUGUACCCCGAAAUACAGAGCUGCUGUUGGAGUACUGGCAGGGAUGCCAUGGGCUCUUGGUACUAUCUUCUGGGGUUCUGCAGCCUAUUUUGUUAGAGAUUGGCGAUACCUACAACUGACUGUCUCUCUGCCUUCCCUUCUGAUAUUCAUACCUCUGUACCUCAUGGAUGAGUCACCUAGAUGGCUGAUAGUUGAGGGUUAUCACACCAAAGCUCUGAAGGUGUUGAAAAAGGCUGCCAAGUGGAAUAGAGCCACCUUGCCAUCUGAUGAAGAGUUGCUGAAACUCUUCAAAGAUAUAGAAAAUCAAACUGUUUCCAAUAUAAGUAAGCAGAAUGAAGAAUCUCCCAACCAAGAGGCAAAGAAGUCCAAAAGUUGUGGUAGGCCAAAGUUGUUCAGCACACCACAGAUUAGCAUCAUCACUACAGUGCUGUGUUGGAGUUUCUUCACCGUGAGUCUGGUAUUUGAUGGACUCAAUCUGAGUGGAGAUAUCUACAGUGCUGAUCCUUUCUUGUAUAUCAUCCUUGGGGGCCUGGUGGAAGUCCCUGGUUAUACUCUAUCAGUUCCUGUCAUAGAGCGUUUUGGGAGGAAGAUCCCUACAGCAGUCAAUUACUUUUUCUGUGGUGUUGUCAUCUUAGUAGUCAUUAUCAUUCCAGCAAACAUUACAUGGCUGGUGAUGACUCUAGUUCUUCUGGGGAAGUUGUUCAUUACUGCUGCUUAUCAGAUCAUCUAUGUGUAUUCAACGGAGCUCUUCCCAACAGAAGUUAGAUCCCAGGGAAUGGGAUUGGCUUGUGUUUGUCAACAGGCUGGAAGUGUUCUUUCUCCGUAUAUAACUACUUAUAUUGGUCCUCUCUGUCCAUGGGUUCCAUCGGUACUUUUUGGUGGUGCUUCUCUCCUAUCUGGUAUGACGACACUUAAACUGGGUGAAACCUUGAACAUUCCUCUACCAGAUACAGUAGCAGAUUUGGAAAAUGUCAACAGAAGAAGAAAGGAAAAGCAUGGUGAAGUAACAAGUGACAUUAUAUGUCAGACCGAAUUAAAAAGUGACUGUGACUUCUAAAAUAAAAUAAAAAAAUUUUAAAAGUGCUAGCAAACCAGUACUACUCGGAAAGUUGUACAAAUUUUGACCGUAACCUUGGAACAUAAUUAUAGUAAUUACAUAAGUCAAAAGAUGAAAUAUCAAGUGAAGAUCGCUGGUAGUACUUGUUGAAUUACUCUGUGAAACUUUCGGUUAAAUACAAUGAAAGAUAACAAAUUUUAAAAAAGUAAGUUGUAUUUUUCCUAGGAUACGAGCCUAAGCUUCCAUAAAUGUAGUACUCUGUCCACAGUGUACUGCAGCGGUGACAAGUUUUAGUGUUGAGAAGUUCCAAAAAUGUGUGUGAUAGUGUUUGUAACCAGAUAAUUUUGAUCUGUGUAGAUGCAAGUUUUUAGAACUGAUUUUUAAAAAAUUAUUUGUAUUAUACUUAUAUGGAAAAAUAUUGUUGUAGCAGUCGUGUGCGCACACUAGUAAAAUGAGCAGCAAAGAUUCACUUAUAUUCGGAGGCACAGACACUGAAAAUGUAAAUGCAAGUUCUGUUUUGUGUUUAACCAGCAAGACUGAAGAGGAAUCAGAUCAUGCAAUAUAUUAUUUGCAUUACACCGGAGCCCUAAUGGGAAGAAGUAACAUCAGUGAAGUUUCCAAUGUCACCCUUUCAGAUUUAUCAAUAUAUGAACAAGGAGUUCAGUCAUGAACGUAUGAACGUUAUGAGUUUAGGUCUGGCUGUUCACCAGCACUACACCACUUUAUGGAAGUUCUGCAUCAUAACCUGUACAUAGUAUGUUGCUGUUCUGCAAUCAGACUACGGAAUUAGUUUAGCCAAGCAAGUGGCUACAGCUCCCCUUACCCACCUACCCUCAACAGCUGCCUUUCAGGUAUUCAGUUUUCCCAGUACAGCCUUCAAGGAAUGUGGUCUCUCAAAGAGUUCCUUCACAUGCUUUUCACUUCACUUACAGAGGACAACCUUUCCAUUACUCAUCGUAAAACCUGGUAAAAUUGGUUUCCUCUCCUACUCAAGCAGUCCUUCCAGUGCUGGAAACAUCAUUAUUAUUUUUUUAGAUCACUAACAGGGCCUUCAUUGCAUUUACCUCAUAUAUCCUCAAACCUUGUACCUUUCAGCAAUAUCUUCCAUUUUAUAAAUAGCCAGAAGUUGAAUGAGGUCACUUCAGGAGAGCAUGGGACCUGUUGCACUAAUGCCAUACUGCAUUUGGCCAAAAAACUCGGCAGCAAAAGCAAGCAUUGGGAGAGGUGGAUGCUGACAGCUCUACCAAAACAUUGCUUCAGCUCUCUCUACUCAUCUCAUUUACAAUUAUUUUGAUCAAAUACAGUGUCUGACAAGUGCAGAAAGUCCCUUACUAUGUGAUGUGGCUCCAUGUAAUUUUUUGCCUUUUCUAAAAUGAGGAUGCAGCUGAAAGGUAUGAGGUAUGAAAACAUAUAAAAUCAAGAUAAAUGUGACAAAAGACCCUUAGAAUAAACUUCAGUACAGUAUAUGUAGAAUGAAAUAUGCCACAGUCCCUUUAUAUGAUUUGCCAUUUUCAUAUCCCAAGGGCCACUCUCUGAAGGAAAAUUAAUUCUGAACAUCAUAAGAGCCAAUUUCAUUCCAAGACCUAGGUUUGAAUACUUUCUUAUCAAACUUUGUCUUGCUAUAGUGCAGGUUUGUAAUAAAUUAUGCUUAAGAGGGUUGUUAGAAGACCUAGAAAACAGGGUAAAUCUACCCUAAACCACACGUGAAGAAAUUGGUCUAGUCAAAUAAUAUAACAAAUUCAAUGACAUCACUAAAUUUUAAGUAGAUUUGUUAAAAUGGCUGCAUACAGUACUUAUUACAGGUUACCUCAUAUAAUAGUGUUGUAUAGGGAAUUUGUUUGCUGCUGUUUUGCUCAAGUUUUGAGACAGCAUAUCCUAGAUAAAAUGGCAUAUAGUUCUCAAGAGUUCAAGAAUAUUAUUUUUAGUAUAUAACAAUACCCUGUAUUAAAACCAGGUGGAUACUGAUGGAAGGGGAGGACUCCCCUCCAUCCAGUUGGUAGGCAUUCAUUAUACAUUUUGGACCAGGAAGCAGAAUGAGGGGUGGCUAUAGGUAGGCCAUUUAUGUAAAGACCUCAAGUUUGUAUGUUAGGAAUAAACAAAUCACAGACGACCCCCAAUUUGUGAGGGAUGCAUUCCAGAUCCCGCCCCCCCACUGAAUAGAAAGAAUCCACGGAUACUUAGAAUCCCUAUAAAAUUGCUUGAUUAAAACUGCCUGUUUUGUUAGUUCAACCUCAUGAAAAACCCACUAAAAAUGCUUACACCCCGUUUUUUUUUUUAGUUAUCACCAGAAAUUGAUCGGAAAAUACAGUAAUUUGUGGAUAUUUCUCAGAAAAAUACUGCAAACACGAAUUUCCCGUGAAUAAUGGUAAGAUAUGGUCUAUAGAGAAAUCCGUAAAUACGUGAGUCUGUGAAUGCCAAGUACACGAAAACACAGGGUCCACUAUAUUUUUUAAAUUUGUCAUUUGUUCCUACACAUAUACAAACCCUCAGUCUUUAAAUAUGGGAGAAAUAUUUAAAACACAUAUAUAACUACAUUUGUUUGAGGGCUGGUGUUUCGUUUUGGGGAGAUAUUCAUUGUUCCUAAUGUUGACCUAGAGGUCCUUUAAUGGGAUGCAUUAAUCCAAGGCUACUGACCCAAAACUAUAAUUGUUUCUUUCUUAGGGUAAAUGCAGAUGUGACAGCACAGGAAAUCACUGUCAUAUUGUCUUAACAUUUUCAUAUAUUCUGUUUCUAAAAAUAUUAUCAAAACUGCAGUAAAUUAUAA